AAAAGCUGAAGGGACUCCCAAACUCUUUCCAUCUGCAAUCUUGAGCCAAAUCGAUUCACUCGCCACGACAUCCUCUUCCACCCUGAACUCACUCCAAUGCUAUCAUAGCCUUUGCCCAAAAUACUUUCUUAGACUGUCAAACCUUCAUUUUUCAACAAUGGGUCGCAGCUACGACAAGGCGGCCAGGGCCACCAAUAUUGAACCUCCCUUGCAGUGGACCGACCAGACCACGCACAAGUAUUGCGGCAAGCCAGACCGCGGUCGCAUCGGCAAGCCAAACAAAGCCCAGAAGUGCGACGACUGUCAAGCCGUUAAGGCGCACAGGGCUAAGGAAUUCCAAAAGGAUACGGACAUUCGCCGACAAGAGAAGUUGGACUGGACGCUCAGUUACGAUUAAUUGAUCGCCGCUGAUUCUGUCUCCGUGACACGGCUUCCCUGCUAUUACCUUUUUUUCCUUUGCUUUUAUUUUUCUCCUCCCGAUUUAACCUUGCUACUAUAUCGCUGCGCCGCGGAGGGCAACAAUCCCGCGACGACGGUUUACGUGAUACAACACAUAAGAUGGAUGGCGUUUUCUGUAUCAAUGAUAGAUAUUGGUUGGUGGAAGUACUGUGUGUUCUGGCGAUAAAUGGGAUUUUUGUUUUCAGGUUUUCCAGAUGGUGAACCAGACAUGGGAAGAUGUGAGGUAGAAUGCGAUCGGGCUCGAACGGGAGCAGUGGCAAUGUUUAUGCCUGGACUUAUGAUGCUUGUCGCUAUUAGCUGGAAACAAUGGAUAUUAGAUAGAUCAAUCCUACCCGGCUGAAAGAAGGUUCUACCACUAGUAAGGGGCAGGAAAGCUGAUAGCAACAGGG